GGUUGCUCUCAAGUCACCAUUUGAAUUGUUGAGUUCAGGGAGUUUAUCCAUGAUAUGUGGGAGAAAAAAAACGGUCAAUUUUACUGUUCCGUAGAAGCUCUCAGGAAAAUUGUAGUAAAUGGUUAAUUUGCGUAGAGUUUUGUAGCUUUACCAAACCGACAUAGCAUUCUUUAAUGGCAUCUUUCCAGCUCACCUUAUUUGUUGUGAAAUAUACAGCGAGCUAACAAGCUAGCUCAGGGUUAGCAUAACUAGCUAACUGAUGUUCAGUAGGAAACAUAGCUACACUGACAUAGCUAGGUGAAAGUGCCGGGUGCUUGCUAACUUCUCUAAUUUCGUGCGUCCUUGAGAUUUAAUCGAAAUUGUUUCUCUGACGAACUGUUUUCUAGCCAACAAACAAUGCAUUUCUACAACAAGUCUAAUGUUUAUUCCAUGAAAUUGACAAGAAGAUAGCUAGCUAACUUCGCUGGCUAACACCGCCUGGCUAGUUUCAGCUUGCUCGUUUUUGGUAACGUUACUCUUUGUUUUGACAAAGGACCUGAUCUUUUUUUCUUCCAUAUUUGGAAUAUACCUGGGACAUUUUUGUAUUUCCUGGGCCAUGUCUCCCCAGAAGCACGGUUCUUCUGACGGCGGCAACAACGUAUCUAGUCCGGUUGUGGGAUACGUUGGUACCGGUGGCGGCAGAGCGAACGGCCGUGUCUACCACCACCAAACAACUGCAGUUGUGGUGCCCGCAGCCAAGAAGCCGAAAAUGGAACUGGUUCAAGCCGAUCAUGAGUUGUUCUUGCAGGCAUUUGAAAAACCGACCCAGAUCUACAGGUUUCUCAGAACAAGGAACUUGAUAGCGCCUAUAUUUCUGCACAGAACUCUCACUUACAUGUCCCACAGAAACUCCAGAACGAACGCCAAACGGAAGUCCUCCAGGGUGGAUCACCUGCUGUACAGAGUGGAGAAGAAGAGGGCUGAGCAGAAGGCACACAGCCUGGCUUCACACCUACAACUCACCUUCACUGGGUUCUUUCAUAAAGUCGAGAAGUCAUCAGUAGACUCAGAGAAUGAGCAGAACUCUGUUUCUCUAGAGGUGCUGCUGGUUAAAGUCUGUCAUAAGAAGAGGAAGGAUGUGAGCUGUCCAGUGAAGCAGGUUCCUACAGGGAAGAAGCAGGUGCCUCUGAACCCAGACAGCAGCACUUCCAGCAGUCAGAACAAGCCAGGCUCCUGUCCUUCUCUGGUGGUGUCCAGUAGUGAGUUUGAUGCCAGCAACGGCCACACGGUCAAGUCCUACUCCCUGUUGUUCAGAGUGUCUGGACCAGGCAGGACGCAGCACAACGGACUGGUCAAUGGACAGACCAAUGAGAAAAUAGAGGAUGUGUGUAACAGGAAGAAGAGAAGCUCCACCGUCAGACAAGAAGAAGUGGGAGAAACAACGUUCGUAGCUCAGAUGACUGUGUUUGAUAAGAACAGGCGUCUGCAGUUGUUAGAUGGAGAGUAUGAGGUGUCUAUGCAGCAGAUGGUGGACUGUCCUGUCAACAAGAAGAGAGCCACCUGGGAAACGAACCUGGAUGGAAAGCUCCUCCCUCCGUUUGAGACGUUCUCCAAGGGUCCUACUCUCCAGUUCACGCUGCGUUGGACAGGCGAGCCCAGUGAUAGGUCGACGGCCCCUGUGGCCAAACCCCUCGCCACGCGGAACGCUGACGCUAGCAGCCUGACCUCCGACCCUAGGCCCUGCUCCCUCAGACCCACUCAGACCGUAGCUGUGAAAGACUCCUUCAGCAGUACAGAAUUUCAGAUGAGACGAGAACACACACUUCAGGAACCAAGUGACAAUCUACGCAUAUUCUACCAGUUCCUGUAUAACCACAACACACAGCAGCAGACCGAGGCUAGAGAUGACCUCCACUGUCCCUGGUGCACUCUGAACUGUAGGAGACUCUACAGUCUCCUCAAACACCUCAAACUGGCCCACAGCAGAUUCAUCUUCAACUACGUGCCCCACCCUAAAGGAGCGAGGAUAGACGUGUCUAUUAAUGAGCGUUACGACGGGGCGUAUGCUGGGAAUCCUCAGGAUAUUCACAGUCAGCCCGGCUUCGCCUUCAGCAGGAACGGACCCGUCAAGAGAUCCCCUGUCACACACAUCCUCGUCUGCAGACCUAAGCGUGUUCUCCCCCCCAGUCUGUGUGAGUUCCUGGAGGCUGAUGGAGAAGGAGGAGAGGGAGACCAGCAGAGAAUCAUCCCUGGUCACAACCGCCUCUACUUCCGCUCAGACAGCUGUACCCCCAAAACACCCCAGGAGGUAGAUCACGACAGUGAGGAUGAGACGGACCCCUUCUGGCUCCGAGAGAGGACCAUCAUGCAAAUCCAGGAGUUUACAGACGUGAACGAUGGAGAGAAGGAGGUGAUGAAGCUAUGGAACCUCCACGUUAUGAAGUAUGGCUACAUAGCAGAUAACCAGAUGAACGGAGCCUGUCUGGCAUUUGUGGAAGGUUGCGGUGCGUACAUUGCCAGGAAGAACCUCUGUAGGAACUUCCUGUUACACCUGGUCAGCAUGCAUGACUUUAAACUGGUUACCACGACAACCAUCAACCAGGCCAUGACACGCCUCCGACACAUCCAGCAGACCCAGCGGCAGGAAGGAGGAGAGGGGGAUGGAGGAGAGGAGUCUCAGUCUGAGCUGCAACCCGACUAUGCCACAUGUAAUGACGACCACACGGAUGGUAAGAGUAACCAUGGUAAUGGCCACACGAAUGGAAACGGCAUCGGCGAUGGUGAUGAAGCUGGUAGUGCUGUUGCUGUGGAAACAUCCAGGCCGAGCAAGAGGCAUAAGUUCUGAGUUGCCCUCCGGCCCUCUCCUGGAGGAGUGAUAAGUAUCUAAAAUGAUGCGCGGUGAGUGGAGGGUGAAAGAGGGUGUGGUGAUUGGAGGGAAUAAGAGAGACUCAUGAUGACAUCAUUCCAAACAAGCACUGGGUGUUGGGUUUACCGUAUAGAGGUGGUGGGCUAGAAUCAUUUAAGAUCAUUUGGACACACACACACACACACACACACACACACACACACACACACACACACACACACACACACACUCAUUGUCCCACUGGUUAUAGCAGGGAAACCUUCAUCUAGUGUUUUCCCAUGUCUGGUUCUUCAGUCUAACUUGAUGUCAUUAGACUAACGUUACAGUGACCAUGAGUUCUGUAAACACAUCACUUCAGCAAUAACUUAUUCUGAGUCCCAACUGGCACCAUAUUCCUUUAUACUAGUGUGCACUACUUUUCACCAGGCCCUGCUGUAGGCUAGCAUUCUGUCCAGGGGGUGUACUUGUACAUCAAACUGUCUGCUAUAGACUAGCAUUCUGUCCAGGGGGUGUACUAGUUCAUCAAGCUGUCUGCUAUAGACUAGCAUUCUGUCCAGGGGGUGUACUAGUACAUCAAGCUGUCUGCUAUAGACUAGCAUUCUGUCCAGGGGGUGUACUUGUACAUCAAACUGUCUGCUAUAGACUAGCAUUCUGUCCAGGGGGUGUACUAGUUCAUCAAGCUGUCAGCGAUAGACUAGCAUUCUGUCCAGGGGGUGUACUAGUUCAUCAAGCUGUCAGCGAUAGACUAGCAUUCUGUCCAGGGGGUGUACUUGUACAUCAAGCUGUCUGCUAUAGACUAGCAUUCUGUCCAGGGGGUGUACUAGUUCAUCAAGCUGUCAGCGAUAGACUAGCAUUCUGUCCAGGGGGUGUACUAGUUCAUCAAGCUGUCUGCUAUAGACUAGCAUUCUGUCCAGGGGGUGUACUAGUUCAUCAAGCUGUCUGCUAUAGACUAGCAUUCUGUCCAGGGGGUGUACUAGUUCAUCAAGCUGUCUGCUAUAGACUAGCAUUCUGUCCAGGGGGUGUACUAGUUCAUCAAGCUGUCUGCUAUAGACUAGCAUUCUGUCCAGGGGGUGUACUAGUUCAUCAAGCUGUCUGCUAUAGACUAGCAUUCUGUCCAGGGGGUGUACUAGUUCAUCAAGCUGUCUGCUAUAGACUAGCAUUCUGUCCAGGGGGUGUACUAGUUCAUCAAGCUGUCUGCUAUAGACUAGCAUUCUGUCCAGGGGGUGUACUUGUACAUCAAGCUGUCUGCUAUAGACUAGCAUUCUGUCCAGGGGGUGUACUAGUUCAUCAAGCUGUCUGCUAUAGACUAGCAUUCUGUCCAGGGGGUGUACUAGUUCAUCAAGCUGUCUGCUAUAGACUAGCAUUCUGUCCAGGGGGUGUACUAGUUCAUCAAGCUGUCUGCUAUAGACUAGCAUUCUGUCCAGGGGGUGUACUUGUACAUCAAGCUGUCUGCUAUAGACUAGCAUUCUGUCCAGGGGGUGUACUAGUACAUCAAGCUGUCUGCUAUAGACUAGCAUUCUGUCCAGGGGGGUGUACUUGUACAUCAAGCUGUCUGCUAUAGACUAGCAUUCUGUCCAGGGGGUGUACUUGUACAUCAAGCUGUCUGCUAUAGACUAGCAUUCUGUCCAGGGGGUGUACUUGUACAUCAAGCUGUCUGCUAUAGACUAGCAUUCUGUCCAGGGGGUGUACUUGUACAUCAAGCUGUCUGCUAUAGACUAGCAUUCUGUCCAGGGGGUGUACUUGUACAUCAAGCUGUCUGCUAUAGACUAGCAUUCUGUCCAGGGGGUGUACUAGUACAUCAAGCUGUCUGCUAUAGACUAGCAUUCUGUCCAGGGGGUGUACUAGUUCAUCAAGCUGCCUCACUACAGAAGCAGGAGGUGGGCUCCUGCCCUCUGGGCCGUUCUGGCUGAUACAAGGCUUACUUAGUACUUUUGGCCGAGGCCCAUAGGGCCCUAUAUAGAUCAGUGGUUCCCAAACUGUUUCACUCAGGCCCCUCUUCCAGCAUUGGGGAACAUCCAUUUCUAUGGGCACAAGCACUGUUCAUGAUACAGACUGUUCACACCCCUAAAAUGUUGCAGAUUUAAAGCUUAUUUCCUUACAAUUCUAUACAUUUUGCCAUGUCUGUAUAUUCAUGUGAUAUUUGAGUGACAAAAAAAAUGAAUGUCUAUGGGCUAAAAAAAGCGUUACCUGACAUGGGCUAGUUGAUGUGGACAUUUCUGACAGGUUCUAAAUAUCUCUCUAAGAAAUGCAAUGACUGACAUGACGAGGAACUGAUGAUGCAAUAACCCGUUUCUACACCUCACCUUGUGCAUUCUACCAUUACAACUUUCAGGAGGAAGUUGAAAGCUGGACUGAGCUCCUCCUAGGGGGGCGCGCCCCACAGUUUGGGAACCACUGAUAUAUGGAAUAGGAUACCAUCAGUACUGUGUCCAUCCUCACUGGUCCAACCUACUUUAGCACCUGUCUUGUCUCCGGUGCCUGUUUGAGACAGACUUGGGUGUCUGUGCACUAGAUAGGAAAUAGGGUGCCAUUUGGGAUAUUUGCUUUGGGACAAACUCGUUAAAAAAAAUAUAUAGUUCAGUAUAGAGACGAACUGAAAAGACUUGGGUCAUCUUCACUUGGGAUGGACUACCUGAACAAUAUAAACGCUUGUUUUCGUUUUCUUUUGCUAAACGUUUUGCUACAGUGUGCACUAAUGAAUACCACCCUGAUGACGGACAGACUGCUGAAAUGUAUUGUUAUUUUUUUAUAAGGGGAAUGGUUGGUUGUAUGAUGAUGCAUUCUGAAUUUGAACAUUUGAUUGUUGUAUGUUUAUUACUAUGGUGGUCAUUUUGAGGCUAAACUUGAGGACGGUAUGCUGGUCUGAAGUCCAGCUCUUGGAAACAGUGUUGUUGGACUGGAAGGUGUCUGGCUCAGGGUAGAAAGAUCACUUUACCCACAAUCCUAAACUAAAUGUGUAUUGCUAUCAGACUUAUGUUUAAAUACUAUUUGGAGUCUUUAAUGUUUGCUCUAGCCUGCCUGGAGUGCUAGAUGGGAGGGGAGUUGCAGUUUUGGGACUAUUCUAUUGGUCCAUUUAAGCCAGGCAAGCUCAAUCAAGCACAGAUAAAGUAUUUGAACCCAGGUCUGGUUCCACUCAGUCAGUCAGGAUCCAAUGGUGCUACUAGACAGAUGAUUCAGGCCCUCAGCGAGCACUGAUCACAGUCAUCUGUAACCUUUUGAGGUCUUUAGGUCAAGGUUCAGUUACACUGUAUGACCACAUUCAUCAUCAAGCUGAAACCGUGCAGCACCCGCAUCCACUCACUGCUUUGGGGAGUGUCCCGAAUGGCUCCCUAUAUAGUACACUACUUUAGACCAGGUACCACAGGGUAGUGCACUACUUAGGGAAUAGGGUGCCAUUUGGGACAUACUCUUACUAUGUUGGACUAAUUUGUCACGGUCAGUGUUGACGUCUUCAGAAAGGUGACCUGCUAGACAUAAACUAUAGUAAAUAUCAGCACUCUGACAUUAGUGGGGAGUUAAAUGUUGACUUUCCUGACCAAAGGGAGUUGGACCUGCUGCAGAUUUUCUACUAUUUUCCUCACCUGUGAAACUGUCCCAAAUAGCAUCUUAUUUCCUAUAUAUAUAGUGUACCAUAAGGCCCUGGUCAAAAGUAGUAUGGACCACAGGAGGUUGAUGGCACCUUUAAUUGGGGAGGAUGGGCUCGUGGUAAUGGCUGGAGAGGAAUGGUAUCAAACACGUGGUUUCCAUGUGUUCCAUGUUUGAUGCCAUUCUAUUGGCACCGUUCCAGCCAUUAUGAGCCGUCCUCCCCUCAGCAGCCUCCACUGGUAUGGGGCCCUGGUCAACAGGAGUAUGGGGCCCCUGGUCAACAGGAGUAUGGGGCCCCUGGUCAACAGGAGUAUGAGGCCCCUGGUCAACAGGAGUAUGGGGCCCCUGGUCAACAGGAGUAUGGGGCCCCUGGUCAACAGGAGUAUGGGGCCCCUGGUCAACAGGAGUAUGGGGCCCAGGUCAACAGGAGUAUGGGGCCCAGGUCAACAGGAGUAUGGGGCCCCAGGUCAACAGGAGUAUGGGGCCCCAGGUCAACAGGAGUAUGGGGCCCCUGGUCAACAGGAGUAUGGGGCCCCUGGUCAACAGGAGUAUGGGGCCCCUGGUCAACAGGAGUAUGGGCCCCUGGUCAACAGGAGUGCACUAUAUAGGAAAUAGGGUGGAUCUUUUCAGGUGUGAACUUGAAUUGCAAACAAUUAGGACCCAAACAAAGGAAGCUGUUCCUACGUUCUGUAGCUGUGUGCAGUAUGUUGACGAGGGUCAUGCUCAUUUGGCACAAAACGUUAGAAAGCACUCAAACGAGGGAGUUGGAGGUACUAUCUGUACUAAUCCAAUAAAACAUAUCUUCUGUUGCAAAAUGUUUUGCUACAAUGCGCCUCAAUGAACAUGACCCAGGUUUGUGUAUACGUCACUUCAGGGAAAAAAAGAGUACCAUUUUGCUCUAGCGAACCCAGAUAAGAAAAUGUGAUAAAAAAAUGCAAAAGCAAAACAGGACUUUGUACACCAACAUCCUAAAACCAGCUGGACGUUGGAAAUGUAGUAAUAAAGGAGUCAUAGAAAAUGUUUUCUAUUUAAAAGAAUAAAUAUGUUUUGUACUAUUACCA